GCAGUGUCCCUUGCUUUGAUGAUUGUCACAUAAGCAAGGAAAGCGAACAUUUGAAGAAUUUUAACUUAUUUCUGUGAAUUGAUCAUCCUGAAUGCAGACACUGCACAUUAUUAUUGGAGAUACUACCUACAUCAUUGUCCCUGAGAGGUGUGUUUCCUGAAAUGACAGAGCUGGAUGGGAAAGAAAAGCAGGGGUGCCAGGGACUCCACCAGUGAGUGAGCUCACAGUGCUAGGUGGUUAGUGUCUGUUACUCUCCAUCUGACUCUAACAGCUUUCCUCAGGCUUCCCCAUCUGUCCCUGUCUCCCUCUGUACUAUCCCCUCAAACAGGUGUCCCCUGACCCAUGCUGUCUCUCCUCCUCCAAGUGGCUGCCUUUACAACAGUCACUGCUACCAGGUGUGAAUGAGGUUGAAUUCUUUCUCAGGCAUUUAGGAGGCUUGUGAGUGUGAAGACAAAGCCCCAGGGGCAAGGAAUAAAAUGGAACAACUUCACUGGGGUCUCUGCCUUUCUUUCCAGUUAAAAUUGUUUUCUCUAUUGACAAGAAAGGACAGUUGGGCCACAUGAUAGCAAAUAACUGCUGCUUACAUUUCCCAUUUGAACUGUUCAUUCUGCUUCUGUGGCGUGAGAAUUUCAGACAGACAGGUGGGGCACUUCUGCAGUGGAGAAGCUCCGCAGAGAUGACAUAGAAGGCAGAAGCAGGUUUUUGUUUUGUUUUCCUUUACUCUUGGAGCUGAACUGCCAAUGCACAAGUUUGAACGGGGAGCCAUCUGUGUCUUUUAUCAGUCAGUCAGGAGCUGCAAUGGACCAAAAUGAAUGCAGCUACUUGGGACCAUAUAUGAAGAACCAACCCAACAGAGAAUUAGAGCUGAGAAUCAUCCUGGUCGGCAAAACAGGAACCAGUAAAAGUGCCACAGGGAACAGCAUCCUGGGGAAGCGAGCCUUUGUGUCCCAGCUGUGUGCCCAGACCCUCACCAAGACCUGCAGUGAAAGUCGAGGAAGCUGGGGUAAGAGAGAGAUGAUCAUUAUAAACACGCCAGAUAUGUUUUCUGGGAAGGAUCACUCUGAUCUCCUCUACACAGAAGCACACAGUGCUACUUACCUGAUGUCAGCCCCAGGACCCCAAGAGCUAUUCCUGGUGACGCAGCUGGGCCGAUUCACCACCCGAGACCAGCAGGCGCAGAGGGUCAAGGAAAUCUUUGGAGUGGAUGCCAUGAGACACACAAUUGUCCUCUUCAGCCACAAGAAAGACCUUGGUGGAGAAUCUUUGAUGGAUUACAUCUACGACUCAGAAAGUAAAGCUCUUGGCAAGCUUGUGGCAGUGUGUGGGGGGAAAGCAUAUGGCUUUAAUAACCGAGCAAAAGGGAGUAAUCGGGAUGACCAAGUGAAGGAGCUAAUGGUCUCAAUAGAGGGCCUGAUGAUGGAGAAAGGUGACCACUAUACCAAUGAGCUUUACAGCUUAGUGACAGAGUCAGAAUGUGGAUAUGAGCUGUCAGAGGAAAGAUUAAAGGAUUUCAAAGGGAGUCUUAAAAAGUACAUGGAAAUUCAGAGACCUCACACAACCAUUGCCAAAGAAAAUUGUCUAAAAAUAGUCCUAAUUUGUAUUUGGUUAUCUGUCAGAUUGCUAAUUCUGAUAUUUUGUGUAUUGCUCAGAAUAUGCAAAUUUUUUUUACUGCUUAUUCUAUUGUAUUAUAUGUGCAAUUUGUUCUGAAGCUUAUUGUCUAUUAUCCUCAGAAAAUUAUUGAUAAUUCCCAGAACAACCAUUGUUGUGGAAUGCAAGACUCCUAGAUGACAGUGAUGGAUCAGUAAUUAUUCAUCAUUGGAAUUCAGUGGUGAAUCACAGGGCCUCCUCUGUGUAUUGCAGUGCCUGACACCAGUAAAUAUCUGAGAUUCUGCAAAGUGUUAAAUCUUAACAUCGCUCAAUUUAUUAAUAAGCCAAAUAAUUUAGUUACUGUUUGUUUUGACAUAUAAUGCCAAAACCUUUUGAAACCUGUAAACAUUAAAUUUCCUCUGUUUGAAAAUAAAGCAGAUUUAUGUUCCUAGAAACUCCUUUUCUUUUUUAAAAUACUAUGGUUGCUACUGAAUGUAAUAAAAUAACUACUAUAAGUAAGCUGUAAAGCUCCUGAGAUCCCAUGUCUUUAAUUC